AUGUUAAAAGCAUCACUACCACUAAAAUCAUCACCCUCGUCCUCAUCACAAAAAACAGUUAUACAACCAAGACGAGGACGCUCCUCCCCAGCACGAAAACACUCGUUUUCGGUACAACAACAAUUUCGAUCCUCAUCACCACGAGACCGCUCAUUAUCACCACCACAAGAAUCUCGGUUCUUAGUACGAGAAAACUCUUUUUCAGCACAGCGACGACCUCAGUCCUCAUUACGACAACCACAACGACCUCGAUCCGCAGCUCAAAAAUCCUCAUUAGCAACAUCACCAGAAGGGUCAAGAAAAGUAAUAGCUGCAACUGUUAAUAAAGGAACAAUUCAAGUUGUGACAGGUGAUAUAACAAGAGAAAAAGUAGAUGCUAUUAUUGGAAGCUCAUCAUCGAAAAUUUUAAAAAAUGCAAUUAUAAAGGUAGCUGGCGGUGAAGUUGAGACGUCAUAUGAUACCCAACAGAAAAACAAUCCAAAUUCUAUAUUAAUUUCAACACCGCCAGCAGAUACUAAGAAAUCGGUUCAUUAUCAGCUUCCUACAACAUGGGAAAAGCCAACAGAAAAUGAAAUGCGUUUAGAGUUAUCAAAUACAGUGGAUGAAUACAAAUCAAUCGUAACCAAUUUUAAUCAAUCUAUCAAAGGAAAAUAUACAAAAAUAAUACGAAUAGAACGCAUUCAAAAUGAACGAUGGUAUAUUCAAUAUUUGGCACAUAGUCGAAGUUUCAAAAGAACUCUCGAUAAAGAUACUGAAAAAAGAACUGUAUAUGGUUUUGGUGUUUAUUUUUCAUUAGAUGCAGCUUAUAGUCAUGAUUAUGCAAAACCAAACGUCAAUGGAGAACGUCAUAUGUUUUUGACACGAGUUCUAGUUGGAAAUACAACUAAAGGCAAUAGUUCAAUGAAGACUUGCCCUGCUGGAUUCGAUUCAACUACUGAUGGUAAACAUAUUUUUGUCACUUAUCAUGAUGCUCAAGCUUAUGCUGAAUACUUAAUUACUUAUAAAUAG